AUGGAGAUAAGCUUAGCAGAAACGGAUGAAAUUAAAAUACAAAAUGCUAAAUUAAUCCAAAGUUUGGGUCUUAAUGACGAUAAUUCAAGAUCUCCAAUCAAUUUGGACAUUAGUUACAUGAAAGUAAUUGAAUUGAACCCUUUGGAAUGGAACGGUAUCGAUAUAGCUCCACGAAAAUUGAAAAUUACUAAUACAGGAUAUACAGUGAUAAUCAGCGCAAAAUGGCAAGAGAGACAUCCUUAUAUUUCCAAUGGACCAUUGCCGGGAAAUUACACGAUCUCACAAAUUCAUUUUCAUUGGGGAGAAAAUGAGAUGAUUGGUAGUGAACAUACCGUCGAUGGUGCAAGAAUGCCCAUGGAACUCCAUGCUGUACAUUUUAAGGACGAGUACGAUUCAUUGGAUGUAGCACUUCGACGACCCGACGGAGCCAUAGUUUUAGUAUAUUUUUUUAAGUUACAGGAUGGACCAAAUGAGUUCAUGGAAGAAAUUGUAAAAAACUUGAAUUCUAUUCAAGAAGCCCAUUCCUCUGCUCGCCUAGUUCCCAAAUUUCUAACAGAAAUUCUAAGACCAUUCAAAGAAGAUUACUUUUUAUACUGGGGUCCAAUAGUAACAGCGGAAAAUGUGCACAGAAUUCUGUGGCUAAUCUGCAGAGAACCAAUUGGAAUUACCUCUAAACAAAUCGCCGAGUUUCGUACACUGCACAACGAAAGAAAUGUGCCCAUACUGUCAAACAUACGUCCUCUGCAAGAAGUUAAGGAAGAAAACGUCUUCCAUGUUUGUCCAUCAGGUUCGACGUAUGCUUCACUAUUACCACUUCCACGAGAUGUGGUAGCCAAGCAAACAGAUGAAACGGACUGA